UGAUAACGUACCGAAAGAAGUCCCAAGUGAUCUUGAAGAACUAUACCUUCAACGGCAAAAUCCAAGUAGUUUGUUGUUUCAUCUAGCGAGGUGUCUGUAAGAAGGAAGGGAUAAGGCGUUUGGUUGACCCGGACCGGACGGCAGGACACCGUCGGGGGUUCGCUGCAACGCAUCGACGGCUUCCGCAGCUUCUCAGGCCAAGGCUACAAGGUUUUGAUGGAACCGGUCGUAUUGAACCGUGAAAGAGCCGCAGCUGACCGCCUAAAACGGAUGCCUAUCUUCAGAUUGUUCGACGACUACCGUGAUGAAGAUUUUUAUGGGCUUCCGCGGAAAUACAGUAUUGUCGCUCGGGUCGAAGUUAAAUUCCCGAUUGAACCACGUUUUCGUGAUAGACAACAUUUCGUUUUGUCUGACAUCAAUGGAGCCAAGAUCGAGGCCAUAACAUAUAUGUAUGAGACAGUCAAACAUUUCGACAAUUUGCUCCAUGAAAAGCAUGUUUACAAGAUGCAUAAUGUGAAGUUCAGUCUUCAUCCGGGUGAAUUUAAUUUUCGUCAUCUAAAUGGUCCCAUGGAAUUGUGUCUUGACCAACAAACUAUCGUGGAGCCAUACACUGUUCCAAUUCAGAUGGCGCCAUUCCCAAAACAAAUACUAUUGAACCUUGCUGAUAUUGCCGAGUUGCCAAACAGGACUUUAGUCGACAUUAUGGCUGUUGUAGUCCACUUGGAUACAAUACAUCGCACAAUGUGGGGCCCUUUCAGAAAGAUUGUUAUAAUGGAUGCUAGGGGAUAUUUACAUAUCAUUAAAGUUUGGGGUGACCUACUAAACAAAAAUGCACUCCGCUGGGCGUUGGCUAAGGAGGAUUAUGGCAUAAUAAUUGGGACUAUGUUUAGACGGUUCAGAAGACAAGAGUGCCUCGAGUCUUCGGAUCAUACCGCAAUACACUUCAAUCCGUUCCAUCACAACACCCAUCAUUUUCGACCAAUCCAAAAAGCUUUGGUGGCGCUGAACAACCGUCAGUUUGCUGUUACAUUUCUUGAAGAAGAAAGGCGUAGAUAGAUUCUACAAAUUCGCAAAGAGCAAUAAUUGGGACUAUGUUUAGGCGUAGAGAGAUUUGAUAGAAUACGUGUCGUACUGUUAUUGAGCAACCAAACGCAACAAGAGGCAAACUUGUAUGUCUAUGAAUCUUGUUUGUAAUACCUAUGACAUGGGUUUAAUAAGAGAUAUUUUGUGAA